CCUCGGGCUUCUUUCUAGCCACUCUCAGAGCGUGAGCCUGAUUCACAGCAUCCAGGUUGCAGGCUCCCUCCUUCGCACAGCUUGCAUCUGUGGAAACAGCUGCAUCCUUCAAGACACCAUGGCAAUGCCAUCCAAUAACACAGCCUUAACCUUGAUCCUCUCAAAACUGCUAGAAGACUAUGUAGAGAAGACAAAGCAUCCCACGCCCGCGCCCUUCAUUGACACCAGUGACCACCUGGAAGUAGUAUUUAUACUUCUGCUGCUUGGAUUUUUUGGAUUCAUCACCUUUGGGGUCAUGAUUAGCUACAUCCGCUCCAAAAAGCUCGAACAUUCUAAUGACCCCUAUAAUAUCUACAUCGCCACUGAUCUUUGGCAGAAGAGGGAUAAAGCUAACUUCCAGGCCAAAGUGGUAGAAAAUUAUAAAUCAUGUUGUGUAUGGAAAAACCAGCAUGUUGUUGAACAACCUACUAAUCAUAUCCCUGAAAUGAAGGCUUAAUAACAAGAUGGUCACAAUGUUUUAGGGACAUUGUGCUGUCCCUUCAAAAGUACCAAAGAAACAGCAGUUGGACCAUAAAUUUCAAAAAGCAAAGGGAUAGUACCUCUGCUAUAGCCUUCCUUAAACUGGUGCCAUACAAAUGUGUUGAAUGACAUCUUCCAGCAAUUCCAGACCAAUAUGUGCUUACUGUUUAUAGGAAUUGUUAUUUGGAGAGCUCAACGUGAGACACCAUGUUGGGAAAGGCUGCAGUUCUACCCAAAAGAAUAAAUGUAGGAGGUAUCUGUAGGCUAUGAUCUAUCCCAGGAUAGUUUUUCCCCCUCAAAAAUCUGGGUGUACUGUGAACAGAACCUUGUUCUAGACUCCAUUCUUAACAACAAAACAACAAGCACAACAAUGUUGCCUCAGUCUCGCAUUUUGCAGGUAUCUCCAUCUCACCAAUCGAAAACAUUCAUAAGAGAUGGAGGAAGACCAAGCCAGUUUAGUAUAAACUUAGUCACAUAAUUUCUUUGUGUAUAAUAUACCGUAUUUUUCCAUCAAUAAGACCCCCCCCCAUGUACAAGAUGACCCCCAC